CAUUAAUAUACUAUUCUUUCAAAGUCGAUUAAACUAGCUUUCCGUUGUGUUUAAAAAAAUAAAAUUAGUUUAAAUCGCCAAUUUUGGCAAAUUUUUUUUUCUUCGAUAAACUGUAAUGCUACAUACACGGCCUUCAUGUCCAUAAGUUUUGCCAAUUCAUAAAUAAAAAAUGGCAACAAUAGUAUUCAAGCUUAACUAACACGUUUUCUCACCAUUUCUCGUACCAUCUGAAUAAAGGUGUAUAGUUCCCAACUUAGGUGGGCUAAGGCUUAAUAUUUUAAAGCAACUUACACCAUUUAUUACGAUUUAAUAAUGUCUUCUACUGAUGAAUUAGCCUGUGUUUAUUCUGCUCUGAUCUUACAAGAUGAUGAAAUUGCUGUUACACCAGAGAAGAUAGCAACUUUAUUGAAAGCUGCUAAUGUGGAUGUGGAGUCUUAUUGGCCAGGUCUCUUUGCAAGAGCUUUGGAGGGUGUUGAUGUUAAACAACUGAUCACAAAUGUAGGAUCUGGAGUUGGAGCUGCACCUGCUGCUAGUUCUGCUCCUGCAGCUGACGCUGGUGAUGCUAAGGCAGAGAGCAAAAAGGAAGAAAAGAAAGAAGAAUCUGAGGAAGAAGAUGAUGACAUGGGAUUUGGUCUUUUUGACUAGAAGAUGCUUGUAUUUUUAUACAAAUAAAAAAGUUUUUAAC